AAAGCACCGCUCCAAGCAGUGUUGACGCUUUGUUGUAGAGGAAUUUCAUCAGCGGCAACAACACGUCCCUGUUCCAGUGUUCCAGGCACAUUUACUGCUUUUGCAAGUGUGCCGCAUCCGUUGGACCUGACCGUCUGUGAUUUCAUCCUUCUCGAACAAAAGAGCUGACUAUCAACAUCAGAAAAAAAAUGAAAGCGAUUAUCUGCCUGCUUGCCGUUGUCGCCGUGGCCCUUGCCGCUCCCCAGGACGGGGAAGCUCUGACGAACGAGGCCAUCCGGCAGGCGCAAUCACAGCAGCUGAUACCUCGUGACGCUACCAUCCAGGGCGUGCAUCAAGGUAUCCAGGUGGCAGCCAUCGAGUCGAUCCCCGGAAGCCAACGCGUCGACCUCUUCCAGCUGCUCGGUGAUCAGGUUCCACAGGAAGUUAUCACCAAUCUGCAGUCCCAGGUUGACCAGGUCGGUCAGAACUAACUCAGUCGUUGGAUGAUGACUUCCUUCGAACAGCCGCAGGAUUCUUUUUUGCAUACUCCGCCAGGAGACGAGUUGGAGCACGGGCUGAACCACGAUACGCGCUAGCAGCAUGACACUAUUCGAUCUUAUUUUAAAAUGCAAACUAAGUAGGCUGAAUAACGACAUCUCGACAAAUCGCGUUAGAUUAUGAUUUUUGUUUCUCUCUCUCACACACACGUACACACUUGAAAGAAGUUACCAGUUGGUAGAAAAGACACUUGUUAUUCUUCCACGAUAGUGCCAAUAAUCUUUUUGCGGUCCUACUACAAAAAGAUGUGUUUAUGUUUCGUUCACCAGAGUAAGUGUUAAGGAUUAUGAAGAUUUUUACAAAAUAAAGAAAGUUACGGAAAAUUAAAA